AUGUCAAAGGUGAAGUCGACGUCUCAGUUGCAGGCAGAAAAUGCGGUGGCCGGGCUGCUUUCGAGGGUUUUGCCCGGCUGCGGGAAGAGCAAUUCGGGGAAGAAGAAGCAAAGUGAGGGCAGCAAGAAGGGCUCUAAGGCACAGUUGAUAGAUCGGCAUUUAAAGGAACGGAUAUCGUUACAGAAAAGAGACGCUUUGAAGAUAAAGAGGAAGGAGAAGAAAAUACAGUACAACAAGGUCAAACACCAGAAACUUGAAGAUAAAAAACUGGAACAGGCUGCCAAGUUGAAAGUUUUGGAGAAACAUAGAGCGGAUGGGACGCUGACAUCGAGAGAGAAGCUGUACCUAGACAAGUUGCUGAAGAAAAAUAUACAGGCAGCCAAAUCGUGGUCGCUGGACGAUGCUGACAGGGAGGAACUGUCGGAACUGCAAAAUUUUAUACUGAGUAAUUCUGCAGAAAGCAAAAACGCCAUACGGUCUAGGAAAAGGAGAAGCAGGGUCAAGCAGUUCAAGGAAAAUAUUAGAGAGUCUACGAAUAAUGUUGCUGAUUACAAGUAUCCUGGUCUUACUCCUGGUCUAGCGCCCGUUGGGUUGAGCGACGAAGAGGAAUCGAGCGACGAAGAACAGCGUGUGGAUGCAUACUAA